AUCUAUACAUAAAAGAGUGGCCCCAGCACUUCUGAGGGUAAAGAGGGAUUACAGGUGAUCGUUCUUUCCGGUGGACGCACGGUGUUACUGAAUCUCCGGCUUCUGCACGAAUUUCCGGGAAGGGUAAAAAAUGCAGAACAAUUACUUAAAGAGGACCGGAUCAAAAACCGCAGUGGCAGCAAUACUACGCAAGUCGUGGUAUCACUUGAGGCUGUCGGUGCGCCACCCCGCUAGGGUCCCGACGUGGGACGCCAUCGUUCUCACUGCCUCUAGCCCCGAACAAGCCCGGUUGUAUGAGUGGCAGCUCAACCGGGCCAAGCGCAUAGGUCGCAUUUCCCCAUCCACCGUUACUUUAGCCGUUCCCGACCCCCUGGGCUGUCGCAUUGGCUCUGGCGCCGCAACUCUCCAUGCCAUUUUAGCCCUCGCCAAUCAUUACCGGCUGGAAGUAGAAGCAGACCACUUGAACCCUGAGUCAUUGUCCCAAUGCAAGUGGUCUGGGGGUGACAGUCAUCUGUUUGCUUUAGUUGACUUAAUAACAAAGAAACAUAUCUUACUACUUCAUGCUGGAGGUGACUCUAAAAGGGUCCCAUGGGCUAAUCCUAUGGGCAAAGUGUUUAUACCACUGCCAUAUUUGGCUACAGAUGACAAUGAUGGCCCAGUUCCCUCACUCUUUGAUCACAUACUUGCAAUUGCUUCCUGUGCUAGACAAGCUUUCCAAACUGAAGGUGGUAUACUAAUAAUGACCGGGGAUGUUCUUCCUUGUUUUGAUGCAUCCAAUCUGGUUCUGCCCGAGGAUGCAUCUUGCAUUGUCACAGUUCCUAUCACUGUAGACAUUGCUUCCAACCACGGUGUUAUUGUAGCAUCACAAUCUAAGAUUUCUGAUGAGAAAUUUUCCGUUGACUUAGUGGAGAAUCUGCUUCAGAAACCCUGUGUAGAAGAGCUGAUCAAACAUCAGGCUAUUCUUGAAGAUGGAAGGACACUGCUUGACACAGGAAUAAUUGCAGUCAGAGGGAAAGCGUGGGUGGAUCUUUCAACCCUUGCCUGUUCCUGUGAACCAAUGAUUUCAGAACUUAUGGAAAGUAAAAAAGAGAUGAGCUUGUAUGAAGACCUUGUAGCAGCUUGGGUACCCGCAAAGCAUGAUUGGUUACGGCUACGUGUUUUGGGCAGUGAACUUGCAGACAGAUUGGGGAAACACAAGGUGUUCAGCUACUGUUCUUAUGAUCUCUUUUUUUUGCACUUUGGCACCUCAAGUGAAGUUUUGGACCAUAUGACCGAAACCUGUUCGGGACUAGUUGGUCGAAGGCAUCUUUGUUCCAUUCCAGCAACCACUGCAUCUGACAUUGCGUCCUCGGCUAUCAUUCUGUCAAGUAAAAUAGAACCAGGAGUCUCAAUCGGAGAGGACUCUCUCAUAUACAAUUCCUCCAUCUCAGGUGCUAUACGGAUUGGCUCUCAAUCCAUAAUUGUGGGUCUUAAUGUGCAAAUGUCUGGAAACAGAACCUCACAAGAACAGUUCACCUUUUUGCUUCCAGACCGUCAUUGCCUCUGGGAAGUUCCUCUUGUAGUAAACAAAGAAAGGGUAAUUGUGUACUGUGGGCUCCAUGAUAACCCUAAGAUUCUGUUGUCCAAGGAUGGGACCUUCUGUGGGAAACCAUGGAGGAAGAUUUUAGAUGACUCGGGCAUUCAAGAGACUGAUCUAUGGAGCUCAGAUGAAAAAUGCCUGUGGAGCGCUAAAUUGUUUCCUGUUAUUCCGUACUUUGAUAUGCUCCGUUUGGCAAAAUGGAUAAUGGGAUUGGAAAAUCUCAAGAGUGAAGCUGCUUUUUGUUAUUCUUUGUGGAAAAGGUCACGUCGAUUAAGUUUAGAAGAGUUGCAUAGAUCAAUAGAUUUUCUACAUAUGUGUUUAGAAUUGAAUAUUCAUCAAGCAGAUAUAGUUACUGGGAUUGUUAAAUCGUGCAUUGAUUUCGGAUUGCUUGGGAGGAAUUUAUAUCAGUUGUGUGAAGAAAUAGUUCAUAAGGAUGAAGCUUCUGGAGUUGAGAUUUGUGAAGGAUUUCUUAAGAUGUGCCCUAAACUUCACGCUGAACAUUCUCAACUCCUCCUACCUAGAAGCAGAGCAUAUCAGGUGAAUGUUGAUCUCCUCAGAGUAUGUGGUAAAGAGAAAAUGGCAUUUGAGUUGGAACAUAGAGUGUGUGCCGCGGUUGCUGAAGAAACUGCAGCGGCAGCAAAGUAUGGAUCUGAAGAAUCAGAAAACAUAUUGGGAUGCAUUUUGAAGGAUAGUAACCUGUCCAGGAAGGUGAAGAUCGAACUACCAGUUCGAGUGGAUUUCGUAGGUGGGUGGAGUGACACCCCUCCUUGGAGUCUAGAACGUGCUGGAUGUGUGUUGAAUAUGGCGAUAACAUUGGGAGGUUCUUGUCUUCCCAUCGGUACGACUAUUGAGACAAGUAAGGAGACUGGAGUUGUCAUCAGGGAUGACAUUGGAAACUUCUUACAUAUCAAUGAUCUCUCCACCAUUUCACCUCCAUUUGAAAGUGGUGAUCCAUUCCGCCUUGUGAAAUGUGCAUUGCUGGUUACCGGAAUUGUUAAGCAUAAGGACCUUGGCUUGGAAAUCAGGACGUGGUCCCAUGUCCCGCGUGGCAGUGGUUUGGGGACUUCCAGCAUCUUAGCAGCAGCAGUUGUGAAAGCGAUUUUGCAAUUGAGCGGUGGAGAUGAGAGUAACAAAAAUGUGACAAGGCUCGUUUUGGUAUUGGAACAAAUAAUGGGGACGGGAGGUGGAUGGCAGGACCAGAUUGGAGGGCUUUAUCCCGGGAUAAAAUUCACCACAAGCUUUCCUGGCACCCCUUUGCGUCUUCAAGUCAUUCCCCUCUUGACUUCCCCUCAGGUUGUACAAGAGUUGCAGCAACGGCUCCUUGUUGUGUUCACAGGACAAGUCCGACUUGCUCAUCAAGUCCUUCAGAAGGUGGUUACCCGUUACCUCCAGCGGGACAAUCUUCUUAUAUCGAGCAUCAAGCGACUCACGGAACUGGCAAAGGCAGGAAGAGAAGAACUAAUGAGCGGCAACAUUGAUGAGCUAGGGGAGAUAAUGGCAGAGGCUUGGAGGUUGCAUCAAGAACUUGAUCCCUUUUGCAGCAACGAGUACGUCGACAAUCUCUUUGCAUUUUGUGACCCCUUCUGCUGUGGGUACAAGCUUGUGGGUGCUGGUGGUGGGGGAUUCGCUUUACUCUUAGCUAAAACCCGUGAAUCUGCUGACGAGAUGAGACGUUUGCUAGUGCUAGUCUCUGGUUUUCAUGUCCAUAUAUACAAUUGGGAAAUCUUUAUGCAAAAUUAGCUUCUUUUGUAUUUACUUCAAGAUGAUGCUUUCUGCAUACUAGAUUAGUUUGUAAUCUUAUACAGAAUAAAUUCUAGUAUAAGCAUUCACUUCCAUUUAGUUAAAAAAGUCUUUCCACAAAAA